AACCGCAAGAACAACGAGAGAGAUCACCAGCCAUUGUUGAUCCACACAAGCCAGAGUUCUUUUUAGCUAAGUAGUAGGCUAGGAGCUAUGGAGUUCUCGUUCGGCGGCUUCGGCGACCCGGUGUUCUCGGCGGCGGUGCAGCAACUGCUGGACCUCCCCGACGAGCUGGAGCGGCAGAUGAGCGCGCCGACGCGCGCCUACGUGCGCGACCGCCGCGCCAUGGCCAACACGCCCAUGGACGUCAAGGAGCUGCCCUCCGGCGCGAUCGUGCUCGCCGUCGACAUGCCCGGGGUUAGCCCCGCCGACGUCAAGGUCCAGGUCGAGGAAGGCAACGUGCUCACCAUCAGCGGCGAGCGCAAGCUCCCAGCCGAGGACGGCGGACAGCAGGCCGCGGCCGAUGGUGGCGCCGGCGCCAGCGAGAAGCAGCAGGGCGUCAAGUACCUGAGGAUGGAGAGGCGGAUGGGCAAGUUCAUGAGGCGGUUCCCGCUGCCGGAGAGCGCCGACCUGGACAACAUCAGGGCCGAGUACAAGGACGGCGUGCUCACCGUCACCGUCGACAAGAAGCCGCCGCCCGAGCCCAAGAAGCCGCGCGUCGUCCAGGUCAAGGCCGGCCACCAGCAGGGAAAGUGAAGGAGGCGACGUUAUGCGUGAUAGAUACUCAUCAUCAGCUGAUGACUCAGCUGGAUGACGAGCGAAUGAGUGUGAUGAUAUGACGCCUUGUCAUUGUGUGUUGCUUGGUAUAACAAUGGAUUAGUGUAUCAUCGAAUAAGAGUCUACAAUAGUUAUGGAACAUGGAUGUAAAACACUGCUAGAGUACUUCUGCUCAUGGUAUGCAACAUGAUAUCAGUUAUCA